AUGACACUGAUCACGGGCCGCCGGCUUUCACCGAACCUGAUCCUUUGCGCCCUGACCCUAUGCGCCGUUCUCGGUCUGUGGUCGGGAUUAGCUGGCGCCGCCUGGGGACAGGACAUUUUGGGCCAGGACUCCCGGCGCAACGAAUCGGUUACGGGCCCGUACACCGUGGUGGUCGACGCGCAGUCGUUGCCCUCGCUGCAGUCGGUGCAGUUCUUCAUCACAAUUACCGAAACGGCGCCGGGGACUCGGGCGGAGGAUCUGACGGUCAGCGUGCUGACGACAUGGAGCGGAAGCGACGACACCGGGGAGAACAUCGCGCUGAGUCCGAACGUGCCGGGCCUGUAUACCGCCACGCUCCGGUUUGACCCCGGGAGGUGGGAAACCACCAUCCUCAUAGAACCGCCGUCCGGAGGCUCUUACGGAGCCGACGCGUUCGUGUUCGAUGUCCCGAAGCCGACCAGCGACUCGACGGCGGGUUUCGUGUUCAUCGGGGUGGCGGUGGUGCUGAUCGUCGGCGCCGGAUACCUGACUUGGAGAAUUCGGCAGAACCAGAAGGCUCGAGUCGGCGCGCGCGGGGACGCGUCGCAAUGA